GGGAAAUGGAAAUGGGGAGGGAUGGCCGGGAGGUAGAUGGGGGUGGAGGGGAGGGAGGAUAGAGACGGAGGAAUGGGAAGAGGGACGGGGAGAAGAGGGGAGGGGGCUGUCGGUGAGGGGGAUGCCCGGGGCGGCGCUCGGGGCCGCUGUACAAAUAGGGCGGCUGCGGGUGGCCCGGGCAGACAUGCGGGUCCCGCUCCGCUCCGUGCCCGCGCUGGCGCUCUGCGCCCUGGCCCUGCUCCGCCUGGGCUGCGCUCCGACCCGGGCACUCACCUGGGCACCGACCGGAGCACCCACCCGGGCACUCACCUGGGCACCGACCGCAGCAUCCACCCGGGCACUCACCUGGGCACCGGCCCGCACCCCGCCGCGCUGCCCGCCGCUGAUGCUGCAGCUGCUCCGCUCCCCUCCCGCCCCGCUCCGCGCCGCCGCCACCGCCGCUCUCAGCCUCUCCCCACAUGGCUCCCUGCAGAACGGCUCCCACUGGGCGCUCUCCUUCGACAUGUCCUCGCUCUCCAGCAGCCAGGAGGUGAACCUGGCUCAGCUCCGUGUCCACCUGCCCGGCCUCUCCCGUGCCCACAACGUCUCCCUGGACAUCUACCACAGCCAGCGGCGCAGGUGCCAGGCAGAGGAGACCUGUCCCCACCAGCUCUUCCUGGGCACCGUGGCUGUCAGCCCCUCUGCCGCCCGCACCUCCUGGAAAGUCCUUGAAGUCACCAACCUGCUGCGCUCCUGGCUCCACCAAGCCGCGGUGGCUGGUCCCGCGGGAAGGGGGCAGUGGGAGGUGAGCAGGUCAGCUGCCCCGGCCACCACUGCCCCGGGGGACACCGGCCACGGGGGCCCAGCCCUGCCCCAGGACGUGGCAGACAGAGUCCUGCUGCUCGUCUUCUCCAAGGACAGGUCUCCGGGAGACCACAGCCUCAUCAGGACAGCGGAGACCUCCAAGUACAUCAUGCGUGAGAGCGGCGCUCAGGGCGCGGGGGCGCGGCGGCACCGCAGGAACAGGACGGAGAAGCGAAGGAUCAAAGGCAGCGACGCUGCCGCGGCCGCCCCGCGGGGGCAGGGCAGGGCCCUGUGCAGGCGGGUGGACAUGAUGGUGGAUUUCGAGCAGACGGGCUGGGGCAGCUGGAUCGUUUACCCCAAGAAGUACAACGCCUACCGCUGCGAAGGGCUGUGCCCCUCGCCCGUGGACGAGACCUUCAAGCCCACCAACCACGCCUACAUACAGAGUUUGCUGCAGCUCUACAAGCCCAACCUGGUGCCGUGUCCCGCCUGCUCCCCGGUGAAGAUGAGCCCCCUCUCCAUGCUCUACUACGAGAAGGGCGAGAUCGUCGUCCGCCACCACGAGGACAUGAUCAUCGAGGAGUGUGGCUGCAACUGAGGCCGCCCUGUGCCCUGCCAGGAAGGAGCACAUCUCUGCCCAAACGUGCCCCGAGGAGCAGCCCACGAGCACUGCACAGACCAGGGCAUCUCCAGGGCCCCGCACCUAUGGGCUGGCACAGCCCUGGCUGGAGCUGGGGAGGAGCAGGGGCCCGGCAGUUCUGCAGCACUGCACGGCCACAGAGCCUGGCUGGAUCCAGGCUCCACCAGGGGCAGCUCUGGAGUGGUGGGUGCCCCAUGCUGUGUUCACCAAGGAGCUGCUGGCUGCUGUGCCUGGGACAGAGGCAGGAGCUGAGGUGCAGGACUGGGGCACAGCAGCGUCGCUCCCUGCCAUGGCACGGCUCAGGCAAUGCUGCUUUUCCCAGCCAGGGGAAUCACCAGGAGCCACAGGUUCCCAGGACCCUGCAGCUCCAGUAUCUGGCCAUGCUGAGCAUCCACACCACUGGGAUUUUCAAUCUCCUCUGGUGGUUUAGGCAUUUCUUCUAAGGAUUCUAUUAUAUUUCUAUUAAAAUUAUCAGAUUUCUAUUACAACUCAGACAAGUGAAUGUAUUACCUGAUGUCCAGUGCCUCAGCUGGCAGAUCCAGGGCAGCUGCUACAAACAAGUAACCACAGCUCUGCUCAA